AAUAAAAGUAAACAACGCACAGGAAGACGAGAAUGUUAUGUAGCGUUAUUAGUCAUCCACUCUCCCUCCGAGCCCGUGACUCCGGCGGGGAUUUAUUCCUAAUGAAUGAAGGAUUUAUAUCCCGAUAAGGACAGGGAGCCAGUUAGAGACAGGCUGAGAACCGAUUUAGCCAUGUUAGCCAUCAGGUCGUCCGAGGAGGAGUCCACUGAGAUGGAGGAGAUGGACACCUCAGAGCCCAACUGGUGCUGGUUCUACUUGGCUGAGUGUGGAGUGUGGCACAUGUUCGAGAUUGAUCCCAGUGCAGCCUGCUCUGUGACGAGUGCUCAGAUUGAGCAGUGCUACAACAGAAACCAGCGAGGUGUUAUGGAAUUCUACACAGCGAAGUACACCUACAGACUGGACUUCUCAGUCAUGCGGCAGAUAAAUGUCACGACGGGGAAGCAGCGGCCAAUCAAACGCUCCCUCCACUCUGCAACGGGCUUCAGGUUUAUUUGUGAUAAUCUUGCCUUGCCUGUUCCGUGUCAUUGGGAGAGAAUCAACACAGAUGAGCCCUAUCAGCUCAUCCAGCUCGGAAGAGACACCUAUGAGUUUAAAGAAGUCGCCAGACUGUAUGAAAGGACUAUGGAUCACCCAAUCAAAUCCAUCCAGAGGAUUCAGAACCUGGACUUAUGGGAAUUCUUCUGCAGGAAGAAAACACAGUUGCGAAAAGUCAAGCGCACAUUGGAUAUUGAGGAACGAAUGCUGUUUCACGGCACAGGACACAGCAACAUACAAGCUAUAUGUACAUUUAACUUUGACUGGCGGCUGACAGGAAGCCAUGGCGAUGUCUAUGGCAAAGGGAGCUACUUUGCCCGGGAUGCCAAAUACUCCAGUAAAUUCUGUCACACCACAGGGAAGCACAACACCACCCUGCAGAGACACGGACUCGCCCCACCAAUAUUUGCUAGCGAGCCUCCCUACAAGACCAUGUUCCUGGCCAGAGUGCUCGUUGGAGAGUACACUGUCGGACACCCCAUGUACUGCAGACCGCCCUCCAAGGACGCCAGCUUCACCAACUUUUAUGACAGCUGUGUGGACGAUAUGGCCAAUCCAAAGAUUUAUGUCAUUUUUGACAGUAAUCAGAUUUACCCAGAGUAUCUGAUCGAGUUCUACUGAAGCCUGAAACGGAGAUAUGUACUUUUUUUUUAAUAGAGGCUGGAUCUCAAAAAUGGAAACAUUUUGGAUACAGAAUCAGAUGACGGACGAAAUGGAAAACGCUUAAGGGACAAUUGCUUUUUCUUUCAGUCAGAUCCAGUGCCUAACUGGGGCAUGAGAUAUCUAAAGUGCCUUUGGGGAAAUCGGAAAACAAAGAAGACAGUAAAGGCUUUGUGUACACUUUGUAUACUGUACAGUAUAUUCUAAGAUGGGCUGUCUCUCUCACGUUAAAAAAAAAAAAAAAGGAUGAAAAUAAUGACUAAAGACCAGUCUUUGUGGUAAUUUUGUAUUAAUUGCAGAUUCUGUGCUUGCUUGUUCAAUAUCUGUGCACAGUUGUUUAAAAUAAGAGUGGCACUUGCAGCCUGUAGGUUAUAUAGGUGAUGUCCCGCCAUCGGCAACAGCCCUUCCUUCACAUCCACAGUGCCACGCAUGAGCUUAUUUACAAGUCAUGUUGUCAUGAAUCCAAAUAACGAAGCCAAAAACCACAACACGUUCCUGCUCACUCAUAUAGCACCGUGAUCCAUCAGUCAGUGAACAUCCACAUCUGUGUGUACCUAGUACGAUGUAUUACGUAGGCAUGGGUUUUGGUUUUGUUUUUAUUCAAAAAACGCUUCUACCUCUACAUUUUUUUUGAACCAUGCAUCAGUGCACUUUCCCCCCUUUCCAUGAAAGGUUUUGUAUUUGUGUCACAAUGACAUAAAGUUGUGAUGUCAUGUUCA